AUGGUUCGCCGAUACCCGUAUCAAGUUGAUCGUGGGCUUUGCAAGUACCGCUUUCGCAGUACGUGCCCCCGAGACCGAUGUCCGUUUACGCACGAGCCUCCGAAUGUGCAAUUACCUCAAAAUGAGUGGGCGGGUUCGGGGCCAAACAAUGCAUUUGAAUCAGGAAGAGCUCUUGGGCUUGUUCAAGAUGGGGCGCACCUCCCCAAUCCGUAUGCGGACUUGGAGUCCGUGCCACGGCUCGGAAACUUUUAUAAACUGUUCGCAGAAGUGCAGACCAUUAAUCAGGACCUCCAGCAAUUGCAAGCCCUGAAGUCCGGAGAGCCUACAAUCCACAAUGGCGCCGGACCAUAUCCACAUUUGUGGAACGCAGGACUUCACAUGCCUGCGAUAUCAUCUACCCAGAUGCCACAGCGUCCUGGAACGCGCACAAAAUUCCCUCCCGUCCCGUCGGCGCCGGUCGCUUUCAAAAAGCCACCGCCGAUGCAUAACAGUGUAGCACAUCUUUCGACACUGCCUCAUCCUGUGACUCGAUCAGAGACGUCGAGGGAGUCGUUCCAGACUUUCCGUAUGAUCAAGGCCAGUCUUCUCAAGAAAGCGAAUCAGGGCGUGGAUGGUCUUAAUCCGUUGUCCUACAAGACCUCCCCCUGUAAACACUUUACCUUACUAGGGCGCUGUCCACUGGGCAACGCAUGCAAUUUCGUACACGAUCCUAACUGGCCUUGGGAAUCCCCGAAGAUUGGUGGCAAGAAGUCGACUCAUUGUUGGGCUCAUGUGCAAGGUCAUUGCAGAGUUCCGGAUUGUCCGUACCAGCAUCCGACGGACGUGUCGAAAUUCUUCAAAUAUACUCCGUGUCUCUUGUGGCCUUUUUGCACCACGAAUGACUGCCCCUUCACCCAUCCAGACCGGCCGCGACAGCAUGCCGACCAGCCAAUUUUGCAUAACGGAACUGUUUAUUACCCGAAUCUCUGGUCCCAGCCGGUUCAGUCGUCUCCCGCUGUUUUCUUCCCCGAACCCACUCCUGUGCAGGUGCACACUGGUCCAGAGCAGGACAAUACAUCCAAUACGCUCGAUCAGGUGGACAAGUUGUCGCUUAAGUCCGACUCAGCGAACGACAGCCUUGAGCAGAGUGGUCAAGACACGCCACUGACCCCGACGGCGCUUCAUUCUACUACCAGCCAAGAACCCUUCAAAGUGAGCCUUGCGAAAAUAGCCGCGGACAUCCUCCACGACAUGAGCGUUACCAGACUGAGCUAUGUGGACAAUCAUGGGGCGAACACUGAAGACCGUACGGAAGCUUUCUUCAAAGAGAAGAUUUAUCCGGGUCGCAAUGUAAGCGUACCAAGCUACUCAAUGCAAUCAGGGGUUCAUACUGAUACACAUCCAUCCCAGAGCUUCUAUUUGUAA